AAACAGAACUAAGUUAUUUAUCAAAAGCUGUCAAUAGUAAAACUUUGUUUAUUACUAAUAAAAAUGCGAUCGUAAAUUAGAAAUUUUAUAAAAGAAAAUGGAACACAACAGCGCUGAUAGUUCUCCUAACUCACCAUCGAAAAAGUUUCCUGAAAUCACAGACUACCAGUUAGAUCUCCCAGCAUGGAGUGUGGACAGUCUGAAGGCUAUAGCCAUUCAGCAGAGACUUCCUCGUCCCCGGAGCCUUGCAUGGGCAAUCUUACUGAAUGCUUUGCCGCCUCCGAACAUGGAUAUUGUAUCAAGUCUAAAAUCCCACAGGAAUUACUACAAUGAUUUAAGUGACAAGCUGUCAAUGGAUCCGAGGGCAGUUAUUGGAGAUGAUCCGCUCUCACAGGAUGAUGAGAGUGUAUGGAAGCAACAUUUCUGUGAUAACGAACUGAAAACUCUUAUAUUACAAGAUGUGGUCAGGACAUUUCCUGAGGAGCUGUACUUUAGAGAGAAAGACGUCCAAGAUCUGAUGGUCCGCAUCUUAUUCUUCUGGGCUCGUUCGCACGCCAACGUUGGUUACAGACAAGGAAUGCACGAGAUCCUAGCACCAGUGCUCUUUGAACUAUAUUUAGAUAGGAAAUUCUAUAUAUUUUUUUAUUCUAGGAAUCCAAACGAAGUGAUUAGAUAUUUGGAUAAAGUGAGAGAAGAAUUUCUAGUGCCGCUCGAUCUAGAAUUAUCUGCACAUCUGGUUGAAUGCAACAUAUCUAUGGAACUGUUUGGAAUACGGUGGUUACGACUGUUAUUUGGCCGGGAGUUCCCAAGAUCUGAGAUCCCCAAUCUGUGGGGAUUUUUAUUUGCCGACGGACCGAUGUUCCCGAACCUACAUUACGUCAUCGUCGCCAUGCUAAUCUCUAUGAGAAAUACACUAUUAGACCCGGAUCCGGGUGUAAUCCUGUCUGCAUUGAUGCGGCCCGUGUGUCUAUGCGUGGGCUACGUGUGUGCACUGGCCCUACAUUUGCGCGCCCCACUCGAGUUCCCGCGACCUCCUAUGCGCCAAGAAGUUGUUAACCACACGAGCACGGAGCAUGCGGCGAGCGAGCCCCGCGACUGGCGCGAGAUGGGUGGCACGGGGUCGGAGUCGGGGUCGGAGGGCGUGGCGGAGGGCGCGGACGUGGCGCGCGAGCUGGCGGCGCUGGCCUUGCUGCGCGCCCAGCUGCCGCCCGCCGCCGCCGCGCUGGCCGCCGCCCUCCCGCGCCCGCCGCCCCAUGUACAGCAGCCGCUGCAGCAGAUACUGCAUCUCGCAGCUCUACUCCAAUGCCGAAACCACGCCUUAAUAGACGUGGAAACGGCCUUAGAAGCCGCGGAAGGCCAAACAACAGAAAAGGUAGGUCGCCGGCAACUGAUCCCCGUAGCCAUGAUACACAAGCCACCGCAGAAACCGAAUAUAAAACCUUUAAACAAAGUCAAAGAGGUCCCAUUAAAGGUCUUUCAUCAGGGCGAGAGUGUUGCCAGUGAUCUCCCAUUUUUAGACCCCCUCCGUUUAAGGACAGAGUGACUAAGAACUAAGAUUAUGUUAUACAGUUAUUACCAUUAGUUUUAGAACGUAUGAAAUGGCAUACCGAUUUGUAAGACCGAUGGUAGUUUCCUACUUGUCAAAUUGAAUACUUUUUUCGAAAUUUCAAAAACGUCAAUUUUUUAAAACUGGUAUGAAAUAGCACGUUGUAACGUCGUCAUUUUUUGCGUUUAAUAUCUAAAAAAUAUGAAUAUGAGGUAUAAUUGUAAUUGAUUUUAAGUAUUUUUAUGAGUUGAAAAUUUUUUCUUUUUGACAUAGGAAACUAGCCAUUUCAAUGACUCCGAACGUUUUUGUGUUCAGAACAUGGCAUUAAUGUAGCGUGCCCUCUUUGUGCAAUACAAACUAAAAUAGUAAUACACUAUUGGAUAUUAAAUUUUUUGACUGGGCAAACAAACUUUAGCGUACAUUAACGCCAUCUGUUGAACAAAACGCGCAACGAUAUAUGUCAUUGCUAGCUGAAAACCUAUCUUAUGAAUGCUUCCUCGAUUUAAG